AUGCCCGCCACAGUAGAAACCACCAGCGCCACUAGCAACGGGAGCAUCUCCGCCGCCGUGAAAAAACAAGCCAUAGGCGCCUCUUCCCACCUCCAGCGCUAUUUGGACUGGGCAGCUCCGCCGUCCUCUCGUCAGCGCGCGUACGAGACCAUCUCGGCAUUUGCCUCGGCGCGACCCCUCCUCUUCGUGAGUGCGAAGGAGCUAACCACCUCGCUGCCAGUCUUUUCUCGUCGCACAAGCCCUGUUGUGCUUCUUCCCGCUCCUGCUGUUCGCCACCUUCUCCCUCUGCACCGUUGCGUUCGGCCUCGUCGCCGCCAUCAUCUUCGCGCUGUUCUGGAUCGGCAUCGCGCUCCUCGUCCUGGUCCCCACUCUGCUGGUGACGUCGUCCCUUGCCGUGCUGGUAUGGGCCUGGUCGGCGGGCAGUUUCCUUGUCGCGAGGUGGCUCUAUCAGCGGGCGCUGCUGAGGGCGAGCGGCGGGGAGGUGCGGGUUGGUACGGACGGGAAGCAGGUGGCCGUCGUCAAGGACGAGGAUGGGCUAGAUGGAAGCGUAAAGGAUGUCAAGGCGGAGCAGUGAGUGACUGGGACGCCCGAAACAUUUGA